AUGCCAGCAUUAAAGAAAUUCGACGCCAACGUGGUGCGCCACGUGAAGCUGAUGAACAAGAACUUAUGUGCCAACUUGAUUCGCCAUGAGUACAUCGUCACGGGCAGAACCAAGGCCAAGAGAGCGCAGGCCAAGAUCGAGUCGUUUUUGGCUCGGGCCAUGUAUCAAAACAAAGAGCUCGCCGAACAGCCGCUAGCUCUGAGAAUCCGCCAGGUCAAGGCCCUUGGGUACUUGCAGCCCCCCGACAAGGCGGAGCUUGCGCCAAAAGUGCUUGACGAGUUGAGCAGGCGGUUUUCGACGAGGACCCACGGAUUCACCAGAAUCAUCAAGUUGGAGAACCGCUUGGGCACGGAUAACGCGCCCAUGUCCGUGUUGGAGUUGGUGGACUCGGACUUCGAGAUCAAGUUCUGGUACACGGCCAAGAUCGUGGCGCGGUUGGAGCUCCAGGGCUUGGAGCUUGACGGGAUCACCAGCCACAAUGUGCAGAGCUUGACCCACAGCAGACACAACGGCACGGCGCGGUUCAGGGAUGCUGUGGAGGAGUGCAAGGUCAAGUUUUUCAGCUAUGACCCCGAGACGAAGUCUGUCACGGACGCAGCGGUGCGGGCCGAGUUGGACAACAAGCCAUCGCUGAGAUACGUAGAACAGGCUGUGGACUUUUCGGGGUCCAAGAGGCACCCGGUCAAGCCCAGAGGACAGCGCUCCAGCGUUGCGGUUCCCCCGUCUCCCUUUUUGGAGCAAUCAUAA